GCAGGCACUGUGUAUGUAAACAAACUUAACCUAAAACCGUCGAUCGCCGGAUCGCGUUCCAAGAGAAUCGUACCUUCAAAAGUGCUUCAUCCACCAAUUUCGAUUAUAUUUUCAAAAUCGUAACUCGUAACAAAAAAAAAAUGGAGGGAGAGUGGCCUCUGAAUUAUCCUCUAGACUACGCGUUCGCGAACGAGGACGAAAUUCCGAAAUACGUGGAAAUGUCAGUUCCAACAAAAGUUUGCAGUUUGGAGGAACAUCAUGUGUCGAAACUUUUAAGCAAUAUAAAUUACAACACUGUGCGAGACUUGGUUUUGUCUGCCAAGAAAUUAAACGAUUUACCGGAAGAUUUCGGUUUCCAUCUUGUGAACCUCACGCGCUUGGAUCUUUCCAAAAAUGAUUUAACAACGGUGCCACAUUCCUUAAAAUUUAUAUGGAAUUUGAGAUAUCUUUUUCUCAAUAAUAAUCAUAUUCAAUAUCUUCCCCCGACUAUCGCAGAAAUAACGAGUUUGACAGAAUUGAAUCUGUCGAAUAAUUCAAUGACGAGUCUACCGGAGAGCAUUGCAAAUCUUAGUUUUCUGGAAGUUUUGAACCUUGCUUAUAACUAUCUAUCAAAGCUUCCACCAGCAUGUCAGAAAUUACAUAAUCUCAAAAUUCUAGACUUGACAGGGAACCGUUUGAAGCAGACACCUCACUGCAUUGUUACUGGAAUGACAGGCUUGCAGGUUCUGCACUUAUCAGAAAAUUUAAACAUAGAUUUGACACAAUCACCUGCGAGUGAAAAAUUAGUUGCAUUGUAUGUUAAAAAUGCUGGCAAAUACGUCAAAUUUCCUACAUGGAUUCUGACAGGAAAUGCACCUCGACUAGAAAUUCUACAGCUUGAUGGUACAAUGUUCGAUCCUUUUGAAUUUCCCAAAGAAUGCUCAAACCUUAAAAUUCACAAUCUGUCCAUUCAGAAUUGCUGUGUUUACGGAUUACAGUUGGACAAACUGCUGGGCUUGUUAAAAGAACUUGCAGUUUUAAAAGCUGCUAACAGAAAAAAGGUGAAAAGGUGCAACGAUUAUUGGCACUUGCCAACGGAGCAAUUAGAGUUUCCUGAAAAAAUGGUAGAAAUGGAUCUUAGCUUCACAAAACUGUCGUACAUUUCUGAGAACAUAGAACAUUUUGUGAAUCUAGUAGAAUUGGAUCUCCAUGACAACGCUCUUCGAUGGUUACCUGAUGAAAUUUGCAAACUCCCAGAACUCAAGAUUCUCAAUGUUGCUGAUAAUUCCCUUCUCGGUUUGCCAAAUGAUUUUGGUAACUUGAGCUCGCUCACGGAAUUUCAAGCAAGUAAAAAUAAAAUUCCUGCUCUCCCGCAUUCUACAAAGAAGUUAAAGAAUCUUGCUUAUCUUGAUCUCUAUGGAAAUGCUUUUACUCGUGUGCCAAAAACUUUGAAAUUCAUGGUCAAACUCCAGGGUCUUGAUAUCGACUACAACCCUGUCUUCAUCUCUAAUCUACAGAUCAAUGGAAUCCGGUAUGAAACGCUAAGAAAAACUUUGCACAAAAAAUAUUUGCAUUUGGGAUGUUGGAGAGAUUCAGGAGCAAGAUACGACACAGACUACGAUGAGACUUCGGAAACAGACUCUGAAAUUUCGACCACAGAUUCUCAUGAAUACCACACAGGAGCUACGGAAAAGCUGAACAACAAAAUUGAGGAAAAUUGGGACAUUUCAGACAAUUCAGCAGACGAAUAUGAUCCUACAUGUGAUCAGGGGUAUCCAACGAGAAAACGAUUGCCGAAUUUUUAUUACGGAGUUGCACAUAAUUUGUACUGUCCGUCGGCUCUCCAUGCUUUGCCGAUAAGACAACAAAUCAUUCAGUUAAAGGAGCAAGGACUUUUCCAAGAGUAUGCGGAAACAGAAGUCGAAGGGCAAUUUGAGGAUGCAUGAUGUGAAAAUGUGACGGAAGCAAAUGCUUUAAGUAUCGGGACGAAAAGAAUAAAGUAUUUUUGUAUUUCGCAAUCUAAGUUUACAUGUAGAGGUAAGAAUUUAAUAACAGAUCUCGGUUAUUAUGCGUAUUUUUAACAAAACUCGUUUUUGAGUCGUGAACCAAAAAUUCAAGUCUGUAAAUACGUGUGGAUAGAAGUAGUUUUUUCCAAUUGUAUGCGAAUAAGAAUGGAACAUACUUACGAAACUUCUGUGAUCAAAGGAAAAAAAGAACACUUUUCUUCUCAAAAAACAGUUGACGAACGAUCAAAUUCAAAAAUGUUGCGACAAUUGUUGCAAAACGCUAACCCCGAAACCAACGAAACCGUUCAACGUAUCCGGUAGCUAUUACGAGUGAGCGAUUAGUGCAAUUAAACGUUUUUUUCUUUCGCUCAUGGAUCAUUAAAAAAUUGAUAUUUCUACCGCUCGAUCGAUUUAAUCUGCACCGCAGCACAAACAUUCUAGUUAAAAACGUGUAAGCGUUGAAAAGUUGUUUGCUCUCACAGUUUAUCGAUACAACAUCGAAAAUGAGCAUUGUCGAGAAAAAAAGAACAAAACCACUCACAAAAAAAUGGUUGACUGAAAAUAUUCAACCAAUUCUCAAAAAAAAAAAAAAAGCGAAAAAGCGAUUGCUUGUGGUGACCAUCAAUUUUAAUUUGACUUCGUAAUCAUAAUGAACUAAAUAAUUGACUAAGGAAAUAAUAACAUUAAGAUGGGAGGAAAAAAAUAUAUUGUACUAAGAUUUACAAUUUAAUUUAACAAAAUUCUCGAUCGAAACGAACGAUUCGAACAAGCUUCAAACGUUCAGUCAAUUGCUCGUAUCGCGUCCAGGUCUCUUGGUUCACGUUUCGUUGCACUGUUUCUCUCAUUGCAUCAAUUUUGUUGAUUUCCUCGAUCCAUGUUUUGAGCAAUUUACAAUGUAAAAACUAAAAAAAUAUGUAAAAAGAUAUUGAAAUUGGACGAAAUACCGAAAUGAUUAUUAUCAUUGCCAUUAUAAUUAUAAUUUUUCGAUUCGUUAAUAUUGUAAAUAUCAUUUUGACAUAAAAGUAAUUUGGAAUGUAUAAUAACAGUGGCAAGAAAGGUUGGAUAUAAUAAUAUCCUCGAAUCUGAGAAUCAUUGAUGAAAAAAAAAUGUUUCAAUGGUAGACAAUUGUCGAAGCAAGAAUUACUGACCUCGUCGCGGAACUGUUGUUGCAAUUUUGGAAGUGCGGAUCUCGCGCCCUGCCAACCAAUGAGAAAUAUCUUGUUUGCUAAAUGAUAAAUAUUUGAAAGAUCUCGAUCGACAAGGAGUUCUAAAUUAUUGAAUAAAUCUACAGGCUCGAAGUUCUCAAAAUGAGUUUCUAUGACCCCAGAAUCGAUGGGGAUUUCCGAAAGGUUGGGCGUCGCAUUCGAAUCGAAAACUCCUGGUUGCAUGAGCAAAAAUUUAUUCAUAUAAUUCAGAACUUUUUUGAGAUACGGAUCCAAAUAUUCCGAAUUUUUUGCCGUUACGUGGCUCGAUUUUUUCAACAAUUUCGCCGUUGAUGACUUCCAGUCGUUUGCAAGAAUGAUGCUUGCGAGUCUUGCCUGCAAAAAAAAAAAAGAAUUUCUUCAAGGGAAAUGUUGCACGAGAAAUACUCACACGAAAUAUUUUAACGAGCAUACAAUUCGGGCCAACGUUGGUUCGUAAAGUGUAUGAAUAAAUGAGACGUUGAUACCAAAUAUGAAAUAAGCUCAAAAGUAGAUUUUAAGGGACAUUAACGAAACCUACGUAGUUAAAUAAUUAUCGAAUGUUGAAACGAAUGAAUAUGUUUAGUGAUUAUAACAACAAUUGACAAUUAUCUAAUCUUCAAUGAAUGUUCAUUCUUGUAAUGACAAAGAUACACGAUGAAAAUGAAAUAAUCCACUGAGAAUGUCAGUGAACGAAAAGAGAAAACUGUUAAAAUCGAAUUUUUGCAAAUCGAUAUUUUUGUGAAAAAAAUGUGGUAAAAAUAUUUGCCAACUGACUAAAAGUGACUGUGCCUACCUGACGAUAAUAUUCGAACAAGACGUCGUUCAACAAACGAGUCGUUGCGAUUGUAAAAUUAAGAGCGAAUUCACUCGUCGGUACGUUGGCUGCAAUUUUUUUCGGUUCUCCGAUUCUGUUUACCGCGUCAAUAAAUUCAUUGGGCACGAGAUCAACCGAGACAUUUUCACCUGGCACAGUACAUGCUUGUUAUUAAAGUGAUAAAACACGCGAAUGUAUUAUUACAUUUUCCAAAAAGAAUUUUUGUCAAAUCAUAAAAUAAGAAUCCCACAAAAAUCGAGGGAUAACCUGAAGCUGAAGCCAAAACGAGGGAGCACACGAUAACGAUGAUUCGUUGCAUUUUGUUUCCGAAGCACGAACUGAAUGAAAAUUUAAACCAAUUUUUUUUUAUAUAUGCUCCGUUACGUUCAUAAUUUAAAAGAAAAAAAUACAGUAGUGUAUACGUCAAGAAUGAUUCGCUGAUAAAAGAUGAUACGGCAUGAGACAAAAAUAAUAAAAAUAAAAUAACGAUAACAAAUAAGUCACAAAUUAGCUCUGAAAGUGUGUUGCUCAGUUGUGGGCUUUUUUUUCUUCUCGAUAUUUCGUCUGAAAUAACAAAUAAACAGGGAUUGAAAAAGAA